GCUUAUCUAAUAGCUGACAGGAACGUGCCACCAAGGGAGACGCUGGACGGCUGUCCGCCCGCUGACCCCAACUGUCACCCUUCCUGUAUCGAGUACGUCGCCCACUGCAGAUACUGCCGGUGCACGAAUGCUGGCAGCAAAAUAGAUUCCGGUAGUUCAAGCUUUUCUUCUGGGAUGUCCACUGAUCACGAAUGGAAUGCGGGUUUCGAGGAGGGGUCCUGGUCAGACAAGAUGGACUCAAGCAGUGGUGCAUGGAGCCACUCAGAUAGCUCUGGGUACGGCGGCGGCAGUGGCGGCAGCGGCAGCGGCUCAAACACGGAGACCAUCCGGUACGUCGUGGUGGAAAAAGAGCCUUCGUAUUCGGAAUCCAUCUAUCCUGGCGGUGGCAUGGGGUCCAUGCACAGCAUGCCGAAUCCAUUCCCUGACGGUGGCAUGGGCCCAAUGUCACACUCGCCGUUUUCCAAUUCCAUGCUCCCCUCACUAGGUCCAGGUAGCAAUGAAGUAAUAGACACGAAUUCCAUGCACGGAGCCGUGGUCCACGUGCCUCUGGUGUCCCCUGGGCAGCCCAAGUACUGUGUGCGCUGUAGGAUUAUCAGCUGUCCGACCUCGUGUGAACGUGUGGACGAGUACGGGUGCCACAGUUGCCCCUGCGCACCCUCUCGGUUCCAGACAAUGCCCAUAAUGCGCGACUGUUCGAACCCCGAGCCGCGGCACCAGCCGGACUGCUUGGCAACAAAACUAUGCGUCGAGUCAUGCCAAGAAGCCUACCAAUUGGGCGAGGUCGGGUCUGACGGAUGCCGGUCAUGCAAGUGUAUUCGCCGAGCCGCCGCUACGACCCCCAGUCCCGAAGGCGCUAGCUGCCCGGCCACGCUGGCCUGCAUGCUCAAGUGUACAGACGGAUACGUGCUCGGCGAGACCGACUCCCGCGGCUGCCCCUCAUGCAAGUGCCUCUCCAAGGGUCUACAGCAGCCAAACAGCAACAAGGAUAACAACAGCAACAAAAACAACAAUAAUGAGGGGAACAACAAAUGGAACACAGAUACUUCCAAUAGUAACAACAACAAUAACAACAACAAUAACGGAGGAAAGAAGAAUUGCAAAGACGGAUCCAGCGGAAUGCUCGCAAGUACGAACGGCAUAGGAAGCGGCAAGUGUGAGCCCCCGCUGUGUCUCAGCGGCAGUAUGUCAGUGGAUCAGGCGAUGCAGAUGGGAAAGGAUAGCGCUGGGGGCGGGGUGGGGGCAGGAGGCGGCUGGGGAGGCGACGACUGCGGAGAAGGUAACAUGGACGGCGGCUCAUUCGGGGGAAGUUCCGGCUCUGGCUAUACUGACAUGGGCGGCAGUUCCGGCUCUGGCUAUAUCGACAUGGGCAAACUGUCGGGUAUGACCGGAUCCGGGUCCUCGGGUAUGGGUGGAUCCGGAAGUAGCGGUGGCAAUCCUUUCAUGAACUCUAUGAGCGGCGCUGGGGCUGGUGGUGCUGGUAUGGGCGGAGGCGGUGGUGGGAUGGGCGCCAUGGGCGGCGGCGGUGGUGGGAUGGGCGCCAUGGGAGGAGGCGGAGGUGGAGGAGGCGGAGGAAUGCCCUUCAGUCCGUUUUCCUCGGCCAUGUCGGGUGGCGGGCCUGGCAUGCCAAGUGGGGGACCAGGAGGCCCAAUGGCGGGCGGAUCUAGAACAGGAGGAUCUGCAAUGGGUACGGCUUCAGCAGUGUCGGCAACUGCCUACAAUAAGGAUUGUGUUGGUGCCGAGUGCUCGGCUAAGAACGGCAUGCAACACAAGGACUGCCCGGACCUGAUCCACUGCCUGGUAACGUGUGACGGCAGCUACAAACUCGGGGCGCUCGGGGCAGACGGCUGCCAGACCUGCUCCUGUACGUAACUCGACACACAGCGGACAGCCAAUGUCUGUCGACAUUUUCAAGGAAACAAUAGGCUUCUUAGCCACCGAUUUUUAUACAUUUUCAUACCUUUUGGUGAUGUGAAUUUAUUACUAAAAACAUUUUGAUUGAACAACCUUCCAAAAAUUGUAAUUUGCUGUAAAUGAAAUAAACAUAGUACUUAAGUGUU